GCCUGUCCCGUGCUGUCUGCCUGCCGUGCAAGCGUUGACGUGGUACUGUCCAGCUCUGCCAACAUUUGCCGUCCCCGUCGUCUAAGUCCUCCUCCUCGUCCGCAUCCCCGACCACAUCAUGUUCUCUGUCGCACUCCUCGCCGCGCUUCACGCCGGCCUCUCGGCCGCCCUGCCGGCGCCGGCUUCCUUCUUCCCAGAGCUCAUGGUCCGGGAGGUCCAGCAGUACAACGCGAGCCUCCCCAACAUCACCAUCUACGCGACGGGCGGCACCAUCGCGGGCAGCGCCGCGUCCAGCGACCAGACGACAGGGUACCAGGCGGGCGCGCUGGGCGUCGACAUCCUGCUCCAGGCGGUGCCGCAGCUGUACAACGUGUCGAACCCGCGCGGCGUGCAGUUCGCCAACGUCGGCUCGACCGAGAUCACGCCGGCCAUCCUGGUCAACCUGACCCAGCACAUCCAGAAGGAACUCGACAGCCCGUACUGCCAGGGCGUCGUGGUCACGCACGGCACCGACACGCUCGAGGAGACGGCCUUCUUCCUGGACCUGACGGUGCGGACUGAGAAGCCCAUCGUCGUCGUCGGCGCCAUGCGGCCCGCCACCGCCAUCAGCGCCGACGGGCCCAUCAACCUGCUCGAGGCCGUCACCCUGGCCGCCGACCCGGCCGCCCGGGGCCGCGGCGCCAUGGUCGUCCUCAACGACCGCAUCGCCAGCGCAUACUACGUCACCAAGACCAACUCCAACUCGCUCGACACCUUCAAGGCCGUCGAGCAGGGGUACCUGGGCUUCUUCUACAACAUCAAGCCCCGCUUCUUCUUCCAGCCGACCCUGCCCCUCGGCCGGCCGUACUUUGACGUCUCUGCCACCCCGAUCGACGGCCUGCCCCAGGUUGACAUCCUCUACGGCUACCAGGGGCUCAACCCGGCCCUGGCCAAGGGCGCCGUCGACGCCGGUGCCAAAGGUCUAGUCGUCGCGGGGCCCGGCGCCGGGUCCUGGACCCGACCUGGAACCGCGGCCAUCCGCGAGGUCGCAGCCAAGGGGACCCCCGUCGUCUUCUCGAGGCGCUCCGAGAACGGCUUCGUCGGGGACCGCGCAAACAACACGUUCGGCGCGGGCCUGCUCAACCCGCAGAAGAGCCGCAUCAUGCUCCAGCUCGCGCUUAAUGCCGGGUACGAGGAGGCGCAGCUGUCGACUCUGUUUGAGUUUUGAGCUGUUAUUGCAGUGGAGAGGGAAUAGAUGGAAAAAUAUGUGAUAGAAUAUGGGGAGUUAAGCCGAACGGGAGCCGUGGAAACUCGCUGGGAUAACCCAAGACAGGUGCACAGUCUUAUUGCCCCCCACAAUGAAUAAUUAGCACGUAAAAAUAAUAGAAAUAGACUCGUAGACAAUGUCAUUAGAGCCUUAAGCUCUGAAGCUCUUGGGGACGUGAUGGUCUUAAAAGACUUCCCGGACAUGUGAAUAUUGUGCCGGUGGAGAGAAAACGUACUUACUCAUAUCGCACUAUUGUGUUCACCUUCCGUGUCGGUGGAGAGAGG